AUGUGCAUCCUCACUCUUCUCUUAACUCUCCUCCUAACCAUCUCUAACACCCUCGGUGCCCCCGCAAACACUCUCCCCAUUCGUGCCGAGCCCGGUACAUAUCACUCCGCGUCCACGGGCCUCUACCUCCACAACACGGGUUAUCAAGGCGAAGGCCUCUACCAAGCUGUCUUCGAUGACUCCGGCUCCGCGACCAUCGAUUUCACGACUCUCGAUGAACUCAACAUAACUACCACCCCACCACCUGCGGAAGAUGAUCCUUCAAUGGUCCACAAGUCGACUAGCAUCAACUUCAACGUCCAUUGCAGCAAGGACUGCUCCUUCGAUCUUGAAUCUUGGCAGGAAAUGGAUGAUACGCAGCGAAUGAUGGCGGACUGGUUCGGAGGACCUGUUGAGCGGAAGGCGACUUGGUAUUGGCUCGUCCGUGGGCAACAUCUGUCUUAUAUUUGCCUAUACAAGCAGGGCGUAGUCAGUAGGGACCUCUUCAACUUCUUUAUGAAUGAUGUUAGGAAUAGCUGUAGCCGGUACUGCAAUGGGUAUGGCCGGGGCAACUGGCCUGAGGCACAUGUGUGGGACAUGAGUGUGGGUAAUGCGAAUCUAGGAGGUACUAUUUGCGAUAAGCACUUCACGCCUCCUCCUUCUCACUAG